CUCCUCCUCUGCUACUUCCCUGCUCAAUUGCUGCUGCUCUUCUUCUUGUUGACUGCUUCUCGUUGUUUAUGAAUAAUCCAGCAGACGCUGCUGAAUCCCCUUCUCUAUUCACAGAUUCUGUCAUGUCCGGGUCGCGUACCUCCACUCCGCACUCGCAGGAGACUCCGCCGCCGCCUCAGCUCCUCUCGCAGGCACCGGCCACCUCCUCCAUAUACACCGCCGUCUACUCUGGCAUCCCCGUCUACGAAAUGAUGGUCAACGGCGUAGCCGUCAUGCGCCGCCGCUCAGAUUCCUACCUCAACGCAACCCAGAUCCUCAAAGUCGGCGGCGUCGACAAAGGCCGUCGGACAAAGAUCCUCGAGAAAGAGAUCCACACGGGCGAGCACGAAAAGGUCCAGGGCGGCUACGGCAAGUACCAGGGCACCUGGAUCCCGUUCGCGCGCGGCCGCGAGUUUUGCCGGCAGUACUCGGUCGAAGACGUUCUUCUGCCACUGCUUAACUUUGAUCCCGCCGCGCCCCAGAGCGAGCAGACGCCUACCAAAGAACAAGCUAUGGCCGCCAGGCGGAAGCAGAUGUACGCAGUCGCUUCCGCCCAGAGCAGUAUUACCUCUCAACCAGGCAACGGUAGCCAGCAGCAACCCGCGCCCGCUCCGCAACUGCAACAGCAGCAGUCCUCCUUCGCGACGCCAAUGUCCUCUGCCACAGCCGCGCUCAACGCACUAGGAAAAGCAGCUUCACGCGCGUCCUUUUCGGCCGCAAGCGACGCGGCGACAGUUAGCAGACAGCCGACAGAAGCCAUGGGCUCGUUCUCUGGCGAGACCGCCACCGACGUCGACGACGACGAACCGCUCGCGGACGCAGACGGACCUCCUCGGAAACGCUCACGCACCGAGAUCGAUACGCAAUUCCAACCCCCUCUCCCACAGCAACACUCACAACAACAGCAGCAACACACCGACCCGCCUCCCUCCCGCGAACAACCGCUCGACCCCCUCGACCAGCACGCGCUCGGCGCGACAUACGAGCAAUCCAGACAAAUCAUGACGCAGAUAUUCAUGACCAACGAGACCUCUGGCGUCUCGCAGAUCUCGCUCCUCGACAACGCAAACACGCCGCACGUCGACGUCGACGUCGCGAUCGACGACGUCGGCCACGCGUCGCUGCACUGGGCGGCCGCGCUCGCGCGCGUGCAGCUCGUGCGCGACCUUGUCUCGCGCGGAGCCGAUCCGCGACGGGGAAACUACGCGGGCGAGACCGCGCUCGUGAGAGCAGUUACCGUGACGAAUAACCUCGACCAGUCGACGUUCCCCGCCAUCCUCGACCUGCUGCAUCCUGCGAUCGCGCUGACCGACAAACUCAACCGCACGGUGCUGCACCACAUCGCGCUGACGGCGGGAAUCAAAGGCCGCGCGGCCGCGAGCAGGUACUACCUCGAAUGCCUACUCGAGUGGAUCGUCCGGCACGGCGGCGCGCCCGAGCAAGGCGGUCUGAGUCUCGGCCGGUUCAUGUCGGAGGUCGUGAACGCGCAGGACAAGAACGGCGACACGUCGCUCAACAUCGCGGCGCGGAUCGGAAACAAGGCGAUCGUGCAGCAGCUGCUCGAGGUCGGCGCCGACGCGAGCAUUCCGAAUCGCGCGGGGUUAAGGCCGGUUGAUUUCGGUGUGGGGCCUGAACUUGGCGAGGCGGCAGCGCAGCAGGCGCAGCAGCAGCCUACGCAGUGGUUGCGCAAGAGCGCGGCGUUGGUUCCGCCGGCGGUGCAGCAGAAGAGCGAAGAUAUUAUCGCCUCAAUGACAUUAAUGAUCUCGACCCUCGACAAAGACUUCCAAGAAGAACUACAAGCCAAGCAAACCGCGCUCGACCAACUGCACCAGCGACUGCGCGAGGCGACGGUGACGCUGACGCGCGCGCGCACAAAGACCGAGCACUUGCGCCGGCGCGCAAACAAGCUGAACGAGCUGCAGCAGCGCGACCGGAAUCUCGAGAACGCGAUCCGCGAGGAAGACGCGCGGUUCCGGGCUGCGGCGGCGAUCGGUGCUGCUGUUGCUGCUGUCGCUGCGUCUGCUGCUGGUGCUCCUAGUGCGGAUAAUACUCUCAGCGAAGAGAAGAAGCGACGGAUGGAGCAAGAGCCGGCGUCGGAUGAGGUUAUGAACGUAGGCGAGGGCGGGGACGUGACGAUGGCGGAUUUGGACGCGAUUGAUGGCCGGCCGGAUACCAAUCACAGUCAUGCGGACGAGGAGAUUCCGGCGGAUAUCGACGCCGAUAGUGCGUUUAAGAUCGAAGGGGUUGAGGUUGAGCAGAGCGGCGGGGGAGGAAGUGGGGAGGGGGUGAAUGGGAGUAGUAGUCUCGAGCAGUCGACUACACCAACAACAACGACAACAACGAAGGAGUCUACUACUAUCAAAUUCACCGCCCCCCUCCCCCCACUCGCCGUCCUCCGCGCCCGCGUCUCAGCAUACAAGCGCAACCGCGCGCACCUCUCCUCGCUCGCGCGCGACCUACGAAGCCGGAGCUCAGACUUGGAAGACAAGUUCCGCGGAGUUGUAGCGAAAUGCACGGGCGUGGAGAAGAGCCGGGUGGACUCGUUGCUCGAGGGACUCGUGCAGGCUGUCGAGAGCGAUCCGGGAGAGGUCGAUAUGGUGCGCGUCGCGGGGUUUUUGAGGAAUGUGGAUGAUGCGCAGUAGUAUUGAAGAUUGAUGGGGAAGUUUGGUGUUUGUAUUAGUGU